UGUGCUGAUGUUGCGAACUCAGUUUUAAUUUAAUUUCGUUUCUUCGACGAUACAUUUCAUAUCAACAAAUAAAAUGUUAUGGAAUAAAUAGUCCAAUAGGUACUUCUAACAAACAAUAAUGUGACAGUUUACUUGCGAGCAAUACAACGUAAACUAAGACAAUUUAAGUAGUGGGUUUUAGACUGAAGAUAUUUUUGUAAAAAUGAGACAUGCAUUCGACCGAAAUGCAAAAAAGUGUAUCAGUGCAAGUAGAUAGUGAUUUCGCUUUGUUGUUGCCCAGCGGUGCCUAUGAAAUAAAAAAAAUGGAACCGAGAUCGAGGCUCCGGCGAGUGAUAUUGUUCUGUUUACUGCUUUCACUGUUUGGGAUGGUGGCAUUUGGAUAUUUUUGUCCUGACCAGGUGUGCGCACUAUCUGCACGAGAGCGGGUAUCAGAAUCGUUGGCUCUGACUUACGCAGAGGCGCCAGGCCGCCCCCUGCCUGAUGUGAUAGUGCAGCCAGGUCUCUCGUAUGACGAGGUGUUGCACGACGACUUCAGGUUCGACCUCACCGCUCACGACGUUAUGGUCUUCUUGCACAUACAGAAAACAGGCGGCACCUCAUUUGGGAAACACCUGGUCAUGGAUCUGGAUUUGAAGAGGCCGUGCAACUGUCAGCGAGCGCGAAAGCGUUGCCAUUGUUUUCGACCACAUAGCAACGAAAUAUGGCUCUUUUCGAGAUACUCCACCGGCUGGAAGUGUGGCCUCCACGCGGAUUUCACGGAGCUGACAGCCUGCGUGGGCGGCGAGCUGGACCGGAACGAAGGUUCAGCUGUACACAGAAGAUACUUCUACAUCACCCUACUCAGGGAACCAGUAUCAAGGUACUUGUCGGAGUACCGGCAUGUGAAGCGAGGCGCUACGUGGAAAGGCUCCCGGCACUGGUGUCAGGGACGGACCGCUACAGGGGCUGAAGUUCCACCAUGCUACUCUGGCGAAUCGUGGCGCGGAGUCACAUUGGAGGAGUUCACGUCAUGCCCAUGGAACCUGGCAAAUAACAGGCAGACUCGUAUGCUGGCUGACCUGGCAUUAGUGGGAUGCUACAAUGGCACCCUCAGACAUAGAACACCAGACAUCGAUAGAGUGUUGCUAGCUUCCGCCAAGAGAAACCUGGCUGCGAUGGCUUAUUUUGGACUCACGGAGUAUCAGAAGGGCAAAAGCCACCCUCCAGGAGCGGCCAGAUGUCUUGUCACACGGAGACGCAAGACACCUCCAUAUAAAACGGUCGCGCUGCGCACACGCAUCAGUUCAGUUUGUGACGGAUCUACAGCACAGACACACGGCACGAUGGUGAAACAAAUGUUGUCAGUGAUUUUAUUGGCGGUAGUUGCGGUGGCUAGGGCACAGUUCAACAACGGACGCAUUUUGGAACCUCCUAUUCCAUCACAGUGCGUGCAGAGAGUAAUCCACGAGAGAUAUGCAGACAAUAAAGGCUAUUUCUUCUCUUGGCGUGAUCCGGCGCUUCGCGGUGUGGAAGAAGACUGGUUGAGUGCUAGGAAUUAUUGCCGGCAACGCUGCAUGGACCUGGUGUCUCUAGAAACCAGUGACGAAAAUGAAUGGGUCAAAACUAGAAUUGUUCAGGAUAAGGUGAAAUACAUCUGGACAUCGGGUCGUCUCUGUGACUUCAAGGGCUGCAAUCGUCCCGACUUGCUGCCUAAUGAAAUCAACGGAUGGUUCUGGACCGCUGAACUUCAGAAAUUGGCGCCCACCACAAACCGCCAACAGAACGAUUGGUCGGAGGGCGGCGGUAUCGGAAAACCGCAACCGGACAACAGGGAGUUGAUCCAAGGCGGAGCAGCAGAGCACUGUGUAGCGAUCCUGAAUAACUUCUACAACGACGGAGUGCACUGGCACGAUGUGGCCUGCCACCAUCGAAAACCAUUCGUUUGCGAAGAGAAUGAUGCCCUACUCAAAUACGUUCGAUACACUAAUCCAAACCUCAGAGUUUGAAUUUAGUAAUGAUGUAAAGAAAUGUUGUGUAUUUUGUAGAUUACAAUCAUUCUAAAUAAGAUCUCCACUGGCCAUAGUACCUGUAGAUAAGUGGCAAAUUAGAUAUUUUAAUGAGUUUACGCUCCGAUCAGCUUUGGCGUAGUAACUUUUUACAACUACAAAGCAUAAAGUAAUAAAUAGAAAUAGAUUUUUAGCUGUUCAGUGGUUUAAAUACCACUCAUAAAAGUCUCGGCGAAUACUUGAUAGUUUGUGUAGUGCUAUUAGAUAUCAUAUAUGAUAAAAAGGUAAAUUUAGUAUGCUAAAACCCAUCAACGCAAAAAAUAUCAAUUUGCCGAACAUCUGGGCCGUCUGAUCCUGGGCAUUUUUUUUAAACAUAAAAAAACUUUAAAAUAAAGUAUUACCUUUCAAGAAACAUGCCAUUGGAAAUAUACUAAGCUUGGAAAGCGAAAAAGGAAUGAAAUAAAGGAGGAAUAACUCAAGUCGUCCUUUCCAACUAGGUAACCAUUCAUUUUAAAUUAAAGCCUUGUAGAGACCUAGUCCUCCUUAGGUAUGGUCUUACUUUGACCAAACCUUGUGACAUCAAAACUACACUGUAUUUUGACGAGAAAUACUUAAAAACAUUACCCUCUUUAUUCGGCAGUUGGGCAAUUAUACUAUGCGGAAGCUUUUUCAUUGUAAAUUUCUUUAAUGUGCAAUUACUUUAGCACUUUUGUGACACAUGUUUAAUGCCUAAUAGAGCAUUAAGGAGCAAUAAAACUUAAUUGCCUACGAUUUCUAAAUUAUAACUUAUGACUAUGGUGCUAGCUUUAAGUUUACCUCAACACAUAUUUAUUCGAGUAUUGUAUCUACGGUAGUCAUAUGAGAGAUUCAAGAUUUUUCUAUGAUCUGUCAAUAAAGACUGCUAUACCUAUUAGUCUUUA